AUGGCUUUUGACGGCAGCUGGAAGGUAGACCGGAGUGAAAACUAUGACAAGUUCAUGGAAAAAAUGGGUAUCAACAUGGUGAAAAGGAAGCUUGCAGCUCAUGACAAUUUAAAGCUGACAAUUACACAGGAAGGAAAUAAAUUCACAGUCAAAGAAUCAAGUACUUUUCGAAGCAUUGAAAUUGUUUUUGAACUUGGUGUCAUUUUUAAUUACAGCCUAGCAGAUGGAACUGAACUCACUGGGAGCUGGACCAUUGAAGGAAACAAACUUAUUGGAAACUUCAAACGCGUAGACAACGAGAAGGAGCUGUAUACCGUUCGAGAAAUCAUGGGCAGUGAGCUAGUCCAGACUUAUAAAUAUGAAGGAGUAGAAGCCAAGAGGAUCUUUAAGAAGGAAUAAGCAUGAUUCUUGAGACACAGCUUAAAAUACAAAUUGGAUAGAAGAUCUAUUUUUGUACCCAAAUGGCUUUUCUCUCUCCACCAAAGAUAAAGUUACUUACUGAUUAGUGUUUUUGUAAACAUUGAUAUAUUUCCAGUCUUGUCAAAGUAAAGGAAACAAAUGUUGACUAAGACUUAAUUUGUGUUAA